GGCUCGUGAGAACUCUUUCCGGUGGUGUCAGGCGCCUGACGAUUGUAGGUAUUUAACAAUUAAUUAUAAAUCGGAUUUAUGUCAUGCUAUCUUUAUAAUAUGAAAAAAAGUUAUCAUUGUUCUUGUAGUUUGGGUUGUGUGUAACAUUUAAAAUUCAAGCGCUGGUAGAGUACAGUAUUACGAGUCAAAAUGGCACCCAAAAGAAAUAAUAUGAUUCCUAAUGGCCAUUUCCACAAGGAUUGGCAGCGUUUUGUGAAGACGUGGUUCAACCAACCUGCUCGCAAGUUCCGGCGAAGACAGGCCAGAAUCAAGAAGGCGCGUGCCAUCGCUCCGCGGCCGGCCGCCGGCCCUCUGCGACCAAUCGUGAGGUGCCCCACUGUGCGGUACCACACAAAGCUGCGGGCAGGGCGGGGGUUCACCUUGGAUGAAAUCAAGGGUGCUGGUUUGAGCGUUGGUUUUGCCAGGUCUGUUGGCAUAUCCGUGGAUCACCGUCGUCGCAACAAGUCGAUUGAGUCGCUCCAACAAAAUGUGCAGCGUCUGAAAGAAUACAGGUCCAAGUUGAUCAUCUUCCCGCUUCAUCCCAACAAGAAGCUGAGGAAGGGUGAAGCUACCGAGGAAGAAAGGAAAGUUGCUGUGCAACUGAAGACUCCAGUGAUGCCAAUAAAACAACCAACCAUCAAACCUAAAGCACGUGCCAUCACUGAAGAAGAUAAGAAGUUCUCUGCCUUCACUGCUCUGCGCAAGGCACGUGCUGAUGCUCGUCUGGUCGGUAUUCGGGCCAAGAGAAUCAAAGAAGCAGCAGAAAACCCUGAUGAUGUGUCAAAGGCUGCUGCCAAAGAUGGGAAGAAAAAGAAGAAGUAAAUACGGAAUGAUUUUUUGUGUAUGAUACAUAAUAAAAGUUGAAAAUUGGUUGUACUGGUGA